UUCAAAUGAGCAAAGCCCAUUUACGGUCCAGUCCAGUCUAAUUUUGAACACAGCGGUUUCCCUCCUCUUUCUAGGGUUUCAGGCACGCAUUGGGAGAGAGCCGAGGCAAGAAGAGUUGAUUGCUCACGGAUUCAGUCUUCAAACUAGGAGGCUGGGACUGUGACCGAUUUCAAAAAAGUUUGCCCUGUUAAGUUUCGCAAGUGAAGAAGACUUCUAGAAGCAUGGAACAAAUAAAUUGUGAGGAAACAAGACAAGAAGCUUUGGAUUUGAAGUGUGAACAAAUUCUUCCUGGUGUUGAGAAAUCAGAUGCUCUGUCUCCUAGCCCUGUUAAAACAUCAGGAAUUGUUGGAAACUUGAAUUCUGAAACUGAAAUUGCUUCAUUGACGCCACAAAAGACAAGUGAGCCUUUACAUGCUAAUUUCAAAGAGAAAGAGAUCAAUCUUCCUGAUAAAUACAAGACCAUAGCAGAGUUCUUUGAUCGUAUGAAUUGUUCAUUGAGAUUGCUUGGUCUGCGUAAAAAGCCUACCACUUUUCAGAAUAUUUGUACUCAGGUGGAAAUUCUGACAAAGAGAAAGUUCUCAUACAGGCAUCUUGCACAGAUAAAGUAUAUACUUCCUGAAGUUGUACAAAUUGAUUAUAUCCUCAUACAUGAUGUGAAAAGCCUGUGUAUGAAGCCAGAUAUGAAAAUUUCCUUGCUGUUUGAUGUUAUUGAAGGUCAUCAGGAAAAGUCCACUUUUAUGGCUCUGCGCCAAGUUUUUGCCUAUAGGCUUUUAGAUUUCUUUAACAUUCAUCCUGAGGGAUGUGAUAUCCCAGAGGCCAUAUUGCCAGAGCCGUUUAACCAGAGAACUCAGAACAUUAUUCCGAAGUCAUUGCCUGUGGAUUCAUCAAUAGAAUCUCAACCAACCUCUGAAGUUGAGUUGUUAGCAAACUCAUGCCAUCUUAAUCCAUCUUUCAGAAGACACUUCUCUGAGAAGGCUGUUGUGGCAGAAACAGGAAAGACCCAACUCUUAGCAUCUCUAGUUCCAUUGUUGUCUUCCAGUUCUGAUAUUGUCACUAACAAAGAAAUAAAAAGCGAGCAACAUAAGGAGUCUUCUGAGUUAUAUUCUGAAUCCACCAUUAUUAAGCCCCCUGUUGGACUAAUUUGUCCCCAAAGCUCUGUUAGUUCCAGUGCUUGUGAAAGCCCUUACCUGAAGCAUCCUAUGGUUUCUGAUUGUUUAAUGGUAGAAACGCCUGCACAGUUGACACCAAAGAGAUCAAUGCCCAGUUGUGACAACAAGUUGAAGACUGUGACUAGACAAAUGGGAACUUCAUGCCAUAUGCCCACAAAGAGGUCACUGGACUUUUCAUGCCUGGAAGGUGAUGAAAGUGUGCUGAACACUUUGGAUGAGCCAGAAUGUCACAAAGUUAUACAUGAUACUCUUUCUCAAACAGUGGAGGCUAAAGGGGUUCAUGUGGAAGAGGAGGCUUCUGGCUCUGCAGAACUUCUGCAAAAGGUAGAGGAGAGCAAUGAUUGCACUAGCAAUGCUCAUGAGAUGAAGCAAAGGGUUUUAGUAACAUCUCAGCAAGUGUCAACUUGCUUGGUUGACCUUGUUGCUUUGAUUCACCGCAUAUUUCUAUCUCUCGGCUGCUUUUCAAUCACAAAAGAGGAGCUUGUGCACAAGAUAAUUAUGAACAACUGUGAUAUCAUUGAGAGAAGAGAGAUUGAAGAACAGAUUGAGCUUCUUGAAAAGCUGAUUCCAGAGUGGAUUUUCAGGAAGCUGGCACCUUGUGGAGAUCUUUUGUACAGCAUCAGGAAGGAGUCAAAUUUGGAUUCAGUUUGUGCAAGGCUCUGUAACGUAGGACAAGAUUGCCAUAGGGGGUGGUCACCUUAGAUCUGACAUGAACUACAAUAUCAUUUGCUGACUUUUUUCCAUUCCCGAUGAGGAUAACUGUUUUACAGUCUUUUGGAUAUUGAAGAAAGGCCUACUCUCUGGACCGUGAGAAGUGUGGUAAUCAGUCCUUCAGUUUGGUUGAUAUAGAAUUCAAGUGGUCUUAUUGAAGUUCCUUCUGUUUUUGUAUCUAUUCACCACCCCACUCCUUUCCUGGCCUGAUCAUGAAUGAAGUUAAAAUUAACUGCUGGGCUUCAUGAAACCCUACAAAUUGAUUCUUUAAAUGCAAUGGAGCAUAGUGAUAUCAUAUGCAGUGGUAAUGAAAUGGAAACUGGGCAAGUAGGC